AUGCUUGCUGGAGGGAAAUGGUUGGUACUGCUGUCAGCAGCUUUUGUGGCUCUGGCAAGUGUAAAUGUUGCAGUUCAGCGGCGGACAGAUGCCGCGCUACCCGAGUUCCAUAGCAACAUCGCCAAACGAGCAACCUCGCUAGGGCUGCUGAACAUGCAGUCUUUUUACGAAGUUGUUCUGUCCAUUGGCACUCCUCCUCAAGACAUAGCGUUUACACUGGAUACGGGGUCUUCUGAUCUCUGGGUCAUGUCGUCGUCCAAUCCCUACUGCUCCACCAGCGACCCCAACGCGCCCAACUGCAGUUCGAACUUUGUGUACAACUACAAUGCUUCUUCUACCUUCGAGAUGAACAGGACUGCUCACUUUACUAUCGUCUAUGGUGAUACUACGUUUGCAGAUGGCUUCUACGCUCACGAUACGAUCAGACUGGGCAAUCUGACUGCCACCAAUGCUAUGUUUGCUCUGGCUCUGGAGUCGAACUCGACUGAGGCCGUCUUUGGAAUUGGCCCUGUCUACGGCGAGGUGUAUGCCACAUAUCUCCCCCAGGGAGGCACUCCUAGUCCUACCUACGCCAACAUUCCCGCCCAGCUCAAGGCUCAAGGUCAGAUCCAGCGCAUUGCCUACUCUAUUUGGCUAAACGAUCCAUAUGCUGGCCAAGGCAGUCUUCUCAUGGGUGGUGUUGACCACGACAAGUACACUGGGGACCUUUCCAUCGUACCCCUUAUCAGCGGUUCAGAUAACUUCACUUUUCCACGACAUCCAUUCAUUAUGCUUCACGGCGUUUCCGCCUACAAAGGCAGUGAAGCCGGUAGAGUCGCCGAGAUGUCCGUCCCUGUUCUCUUAGACUCAGGAACCUCCCUCGUAUAUCUCCCGAGUUCCCUGGUUGAUUCUAUCGCCAAGGCCACUGAUGGCAAGUACAACGAGACCCUAGGCACUUACACGGCCCUAUGCUCUGAGAUCCCUCUGGAUGGUUUCAUCUUCAAUUUUAGCGGCACGCCAAUCAAGUUCCCGCUGGAUCAGGUUUACGCCCCUCUUAUUGAUGAUAAUAACAACAUUGUCACUGACUCGCACGGAAAAAUUCUGUGCCAACUCCAAGUGAUCGCUGACGAGCCCCCGUGGAUCCUUGGUGAUAACUUUUUGCAGGGACUGUAUGCGGCAUUUGACUACGAGUCUUUUCAGGCGGGUCUUGGUCAGGCCAUUUUCAACGCAACGGAUUCAAAUAUUGAGGAAAUUGUGACGGGAAUACCUGGCAGCUCCGCAGAGUUGUACUCUGCCACUUCUUCCCAAAACGUUACUACAUUUGAACUGGAUCUGACCCAGGCAACUAGUAGUCAAACUACUCUUGAUAGUUCAGCAAGCUCAGAAACUAGCCAGUCGAGUUCUGUUGAAACAACAGCUCAAGGCGGCACCUUGACACCCACCACCAUGGGUUCAGCUCUUCCCACUGGGACACUUUUAACCGCUGGCGGUACAGCAUCUAGAAGCACUCAUAAGAAUGACGCUAUAAUACCUGGUGCUUCCUUGCUAGCAUUGGUCGCAGCAGUGAUGUGUGUAUUGUGA